AUGCAGGUACGUCUGCCUGCUGGAGCAGCUGGUGGGACAGCGACUUCUAAGCCUUGCAGCUCCUGCUUGUCAAUCUCGCCCGCCGAGCAGAACACUGAAGCUUGCGACGAGCUUGAUGUUCUUUUCGAUUCGGACAGCUAUCAAGCUGGAGUGGUAUUCCUGCCGUCCAUGUUGACCAGCUGGUCAUCAACCCGACAGCAGGCGAUACGGGCCAUCACGAUUGACGUCGGAUAG